AUGAACAACGGGAGUAUCGAAUCAAAAAACUCGUCGGCUCGACGAACUUAUCAUCGUCGAAAUCGAAAAAACAAUCAGACACGUCUUGUGCCGCCAGGUUACAUACCAUUCACAACUACAGUUCUUUCGACAACAAUAACAACGACAACAAAUAGAUCAGUUUUAAUUAAUGCGUCGUCAGUUCCUGUCAAAGAUUUACUGGCUCCAAUGUCUUAUCUAAUACAAUACAAACACUUCUUUCUCAUUGGUUUAAUCCUCUUGGCUCUUUUGUGUAUUGUAUCAGUAUUAUUUCUUGUCUUUAUCUCAAAAUGCACGAAAAGGAAGAGUUGGAGAAAUCGACGACAGCGUCGACAAGAUAUCAAACGUAUCAAAGAAAUUCCUGACUUUCUCUCCUAUAAAAGUGAUCAGAAAGGAGAAAAUGUCGUUUUAAUUCCACAAACGAACCAAGCAGAUUCGUUGACAAAUACGGUGAACUCACCCAACGGAUUACUCAUUGGAGAUAACAUUAGUAAUACCUUAUCACUCGAUCCGCUGUUAGUUCGAAAGAUCGAUGAAAAUAACCCUCCAAAUGCUAUGGCGCUAUCUCCAACAGCCGAUGGUACAUCUCUAGAUACAUUACAUGGUUCAUUAAUUUCUUCUCCCUCGCAACAAAUUCCAGCUCUGCAGUCACUUCCAACUCCGACACGUACAACCACAAAAGAUUCAUUAACGAAUUCCGAUGGACAAAAGUCCGAAGCGGAAAAAGACGAUGAUCUACACGAUCUAGAUCUCAAGGGUGUACAGCGGCUUUUCACGAAAGCAGCGACCAAUAGUGCCAGUAAUAUCGCUGCCAAUCGUACGUUGAAUUCAGUAGCAGACAAAAGUAUUCGUCGGCAGGAGCGUAAAGCUGAAGAUGAAGAACGCGCGCGUACCCACGGCUCCAAUACAAAUUUAUACGAAAAAUCAAUCAAAGCACUAGAAGAACAAGGAAAAAUUAAUCGUAAGCCACAUACGAACUCUCAAAUAUCCCUUGUUUCGAGGACUAGUGAGGAUAGUUGUUAUUAG